AUGUAUUCGCUAUUUCUUCUAACACUGCUGGGUACAGCGUUAGCUGUACCGCUUAACACAAAUACUUCAGCGCAAUAUGGCCACUAUCGCUUACCUGGCGAAUCUCAUCCUACCCUCUACGAUGUUCGUUUAAUAAUUGACCCGGGAAAGACAGACACGUUCAACGGAACGGUCACUAUAAGAAUUAUCCCGGAUAUAAAUACCCAGGAAAUAGUGCUACAGGCUAUGGAAAUGACGAUUGAGAGCGUAGAAGUGUUCACAGAAGUCAACCCGACUGUUGACAUAUUUGACAGUUUUACGUUAGCCACAGAUGAUACUCACUUUUUGAGGUUGCGCAUGACACAGCAGCUGGUCGCGUUACAGCCUAUUACAGUUAAUAUAGUCUAUGUCUCUAAGUACGCUGAAAACAUGUUUGGACUGUACGUCUCAACUUUUCAGCAGCCGGGAGUCGGUCAAGUUAACUUGGUCACAUCUCAGCUGCAGCCUACGUUCGGACGCCGUGCGUUCCCUUGCUAUGACGAGCCAAAAUACAAAGCAGUUUUUAGGACAACAAUCUAUGCUCCGCCCGCGUACCCUGUUGUCAGGACCAACAUGCCUGUCCGGACGGAUUUGUCCAAGCCGGCAAUUCCUGGAUUUGUAAAGUUUGAAUUCCAAGACACCGUUGUGCAGUCGUCCUAUCUCCUUGCAUUCCUCGUGUCUAACUUUGGCCACGUCUCCAACGAGGCAAAUGAGAUCUACAACGUUCCAUUCAGGGUAUACUCUAGACCUGGUACUCAGAACACAGCAGCCUUUGCUCUUGAUUUUGGCCAGAGGAACAUGCUAGCUCUAGAACAGUACACGCAGUUCAGAUAUGCCUUACCUAAGCUCGAUAAGGUUGCUGUACCAGAUUUUGCUGCUGGUGCCAUGGAGAAUUGGGGGCUGGUUAUUUACAGAGAAAUCGCGUUACUAGUGACAGAGGGUGUGACCACCACAUCAGCUCGUCAAAGCAUCGCUAUCAUAAUCUGCCACGAGAACAUGCAUAUGUGGUUCGGAAACGAAGUCAGUCCCCAGAGCUGGACAUACACUUGGCUCAACGAGGGCUUUGCAAACUUCUUCGAGAACUUUGGAACAGAAAUGGUGCUGCCAGAGUGGCGUAUCAUGGAUCAAUACGUUUUGCUGGUACAGGGUGUCUUCCAAAACGAUGCUGUACUGAGUGUAAAUCCAAUGACACAUCCUGUAUACACUCCGUCGCAAAUUAUCGGCACAUUUAACGCUGUUGCUUACCAGAAAUCUGGUUCGGUCAUUCGUAUGAUGCAACACUUCCUAACACCAGAAGUCUUCCGUCGUGGUCUAGUACUCUAUUUGGUGGCCAAUUCUCGUACUGCUGUUACACCACCAAACCUAUAUGUGUCUCUGCAGCAAGCUCUUGAUGAGUCGUCUCACAGGUUGCCCUUCCCAGUAGCUACUAUUAUGGAGCGAUGGACUACCCAGGGAGGUUUCCCAGUACUCAGCGUAGAGAGACAAGCCGCUACAGCACAAUCUAUUUCUAUCGCCCAACGCCGGUAUCUCACUGAUCCUGCGUUAUCGUCUUCAGAGCAAUGGCAUGUCCCAGUCAACUGGGUUUUAUCAACAAACCCUAACUUCAAUGACACAAGCGCUCAGGCUUGGCUUCAACCCAAUAGCCCAGCCUUGGCUGUUGACAUUCCUGGUUUGUCUGAUGCUGAAUGGUACAUCAUCAAUAAGCAGCAAACCGGUUACUACCGAGUCAACUACGACCUUCGGAACUGGCGUGCUUUAGCGAAUGCCUUACAAACAUCCCACGAAGUUAUCCAUCUUCUUAAUCGUGCGCAGAUUGUUGACGACUCUUUCAACUUGGCUAGAACUGGACGACUUGAUUACGAGUUUGCUCUAGACGUUUCUCGUUAUUUGGUAAACGAAUCUGAUUACAUACCAUGGGGAUCAGCCAACAACGCAUUUGCUUACUUGGAUGUAGUUCUAUCUGGAACAGAUGCGUAUCCACAUUUCCAGGAAUACGUGCGCGAGCUCUCAGCCCCGCUGUACCAGAGACUUGGCUUCGUCGCACAAGCUGAUGAGGAGCACGUAACAGCUUUCCAUCGCAACAUCGUCUUAAAUCUGAACUGUCGCCAUGGCAACGCACAUUGUGUCAACCAAUCGCAGGAAUUAUUGCAACAGUUUAGGAAUAAUCCCAACCAGCGACUUAACCCUGACAUACAGACUGUAGUAUUCUGCUCCGGACUCCGUGGGGGCGACGUUGAUAACUUCAACUUCCUGUGGGAAAGAUACAGGGCCAGCCAAGACUCAAGCGAACAAUCCAUUCUCCUUAAUUCCUUGGCUUGUACAUCAAAUCCCAAUUUAAGGAACUUCUUCCUCAAUCAAGUGGUAAAUAGCACAACGCCUGUGCGGGAACAGGACAGACAUACGAUUGUCGUUGCGACCAUUAACUCGAGCCCUGAAGGCAUGGAGGCAGCCCUGGACUUUGUCCUUGAACACUUCGCUUCCAUUCAAAAUAGGGUACAAGGUCUCACUGGCACUGCUAACAUCUUAAACGCUUUUGCCAGAAGAUUAACAACAAGUGCUCAUUCUCAAAAGAUCAACACGUUUGUCAGUCGUUACCAAAACAUCUUCUCUGCGUCUGAACUAGCGGCUGUGGGCAGUAUUCGUGAAAAUCUCGCGUCUUCUAUUGCUUGGAGCCAAAACAAUUACCAAACAGUUCGGAAUUGGUUUGAUGCAUACUAUCGUAGUAGUGCUAUUGCUGUUACCUCUAGUUUCAUCAUCUUCAUCUCUUUUCUUGUUACAAUCAUUAAUCAGUAG